UUCUGCUACAGCGGAUGAGUCGAGCGCCUUCCUUACCGAUCCUGACGUUUAUGUGGUUAUUAUGGCUGGUACUGCUGCUCCUGCCGCAGAACCGCCUGGAUUAGAGACGCAACGACGAGAAAUCGAAGCCCUCGUUCAGCACCAUGAACUGCGAGCUGGAGACAGUUGGUACAUGCUGGAGAGACGAUGGUAUGAUCAGUGGAAGGAGUAUGUUGAGACAGGUGAUCAGAACUCUUCGUCCUUCCCUGGGCAGAUUGACAACACGGAGCUCUUCGAAGACCUGGAGUCCUACCACCUGAAGGACAGGCUAGUGGAAAAUGAGGACUUUGUGUUGAUCCCGGCAGAGGCGUGGCACAAGCUUCUGGCUUGGUAUGACAUGCUGCCUGAUCAGCCCCCACUUGAGCGCAAGGUGGUCGACUUGCCAAGUACAGUCAAGGUUGAGGUGUACCCUGUAGAGAUCUUCCUGUGUCUCCACAGUGACAUGGAAAAUAUUCUCACGGAGCAAUUCAGUCGUGCUGACGCUAUACAUACGAUUCAGAAGACCAUGCGGAAGCUUUUUGAAGUCCCGGAGAGUGCAGAGACCAGACUGUGGAUGAAGAGUUCGGACACCAGCUGCGAGAGACUGCGCAACAUCCAUAUGACCGUAUUAGACUCUUGCCUCAGCUCUGGCAUGACAGUGAUCAUGGAGAUGAGGAAUGCAGAUGGCACCUGGCCCAGUUCAAGACCCCAGAUUAUGAGGAACUCAGUGGAUGAGCAGGACUCAUACCGGGGCCAGCCAGGAGUGUGUGGUCUCACCAACCUGGGAAACACCUGCUUCAUGAAUUCUGCCCUGCAGUGUCUUAGCAACACCCCACCACUGACAGAGUACUUCCUGCGCAAUGCUUACUUGGAGGAGCUCAACUUCACCAACCCACUGGGCAUGAGGGGCGAGAUUGCUGAGGCCUACGCUGACGUCAUUAAGCAGAUGUGGUCAGGACGCCAUUACUCAGUAGUGCCGCGGAUUUUCAAGACCAAGGUGGGCCACUUUGCCUCCCAGUUCCUGGGCUACCAGCAGCAUGACUCCCAGGAGCUGCUCUCCUUCCUGCUAGAUGGCUUGCAUGAGGACCUAAACCGUGUUAAGAACAAGGAGUACAUUGAGCUGAGGGAUGCAGAUGGGAGGCCUGACCAGGAAGUGGCGGAGGAGGCAUGGCGUAACCACCGGCGACGAAACGAUUCUGUGAUAGUGGACACGUUCCAUGGGCUAUUCAAAUCCACACUUGUCUGCCCUGAGUGCAGCAAAGUGUCCGUUACUUUUGACCCUUUUUGCUACCUGAGUGUACCCCUGCCUGUCAGCAAAGAGAGGGUUAUGGAGGUGUUCUUUGUUUCUGUUGAUCCAGCAGCAAAACCUGUACAGCAUCGCCUGAUUGUUCCCAAAGCAGGCAAAGUGUCUGACAUGUGUACCGCUCUCUCACAAGUGACCAACGUCCCGGCGAGUCAGAUGGUAGUAGCAGAUGUGUUCAACCAUCGCUUCUACAAGAUUUACCAAGCUGAUGAGUCCCUUAGCUGCAUUCUGGACAGAGACGAUAUCUUUGUGUACGAGCUGAGCCGCGGUGCUGUGGAGGAGGACGGUGAUGAACUGGUGCUUGCACUCUACCUACGGGAGCGCUCACACUACCGGGAAUAUGGCUCCAGCAACAGCAACUAUGGCACCUCACUGUUUGGGCACCCGCUGCUAGUCUCUGUACCCCGUAGCCAGUGUUCUCAUGAGGCUCUUUACCAGGUCUUCCUUCAGCGCUUAUCUCGCUAUGUUCGUGCACCUGACCCAUCAGAAGAGGUGGAGGAGCAAGAGGAGGCAGAGGAUGAUGAGGAGGAGGAGGAGGAAGAGGAAGAACUUUACAAGACAAAUGGCGUGAAUGAUGAUGACGAGGAAGAUGACAGUGACAAGCCAGGUACAUCCAAAAGAGAGGUGGAUGGCCAAGGAGAAGGCUCAGAGUCAGAGGUAAACCAGUCCAACGAUUCUGAAGAACAAGUAGACUCCACCGUAGUCAACAGUUCAAGCACAAAGGAUUGCAGGAAUGAAGAUGGCACAUCUGUUGAGUCUGCUGUUGAAGACGAGGCACCAGACAUUUCUGGCAGUCAGCAGACGAGACGGAUGCCAUCUGAGGAUGAUGAGGAAGAAGAAGAGGAAGAGGAAGGGACGCGCCUCAGCCCUCAGUCCAGUGAACGACACCCUAAGAGGAAAUGCUGCCCUGCAAAACGAAGCAAGCUCCUGUUCUCCAUCCAGGCUGUGAACUCUAACGGUACCACAGAGAGGAGCAUUGGUGACGGCAGCAACACCUUCUCCUUCACUUCUCAGCCCUAUGUGGCCAUUGACUGGGACCCUGACAUGAAGAAGAAGUACUACAAUGAGAACGAAGCAGAGAAGUACGUGAAGCAUCCAAGUAUGGAAAUCCCACACCAGCAGACACGGGUGGACCUUCAGCAGUGCAUUGAACUCUUCACCACAGUGGAGACUCUGGAGGAGGAAAACCCCUGGUACUGCCCAAACUGCAAAAAGCACCAACUAGCCACGAAGAAACUGGACCUGUGGUCUCUGCCGGAAGUGCUUAUCAUCCAUUUGAAGCGCUUCUCCUAUACCAAGUACUCCCGCGAAAAGCUGGACACCAUUGUGGACUUUCCUAUAAGGAACCUGGACUUCUCAGGGUUCCUCCUGAGGAAGACCAGUUCUAGUGGGGAGCCUCCCAGCCGCUAUGACCUGAUAGCUGUGUCUAACCACUACGGAGGGCUUCGUGAUGGACACUAUACCAGUUACGCACGAAACAAGGAUAAUGGACAGUGGUAUUACUUUGAUGACAGCAAGGUAACCUAUGCAAGAGAGGAACACAUUGUGACCAAUGCUGCCUACCUCUUGUUCUACCAGCGACAAGACAAGAUUCGCCAGCCCACCCUGCCUACUCCCUUGGACAGCUGCUCUUCCCUCACACACUCUGCCAGUGGGGUGGCUUCCCCUAAUAACAGAGAGGAUGGGGCCACUUCCUGUGUGAAUAUGGAAACAGACUAAAGUGAAAGACUUUCUACUUCUUUUGUUUUAUGGUGGGGCAGUUAUUCCUGCUUGUUUUUGUUUGUCUUGUUGCUUUGUAUGUGUCCUUUUCAGAAAGGAAAAAACUUGAACCUUCUGUCUCCUCAUGGAGUGAGGGGCAGGGGCAGAAUUCUCAGGCUGGUGCACGAGUAUCGGGGGUGGGGAGCGACACCCCCGCUGGCUCUUGCGUUUGAGAAAUGGGUGACUGCGAACAGGAGGACAUGGUGGAGCCAAAAUGGCAGAUUAAAAGGCGGCAGUUUCCAGAUGUGUACUGACCAGUAACAGCUUGUCACAUUUAUAUUAAACUUCUGAUUUGUGUGUGGAAGACAAUACUUGUAAGUAAAGUGAAAAAUCAGGCCAAUACAAGUAAAAAAUGAUUGCUCAGUCUGUGACAAUGGAUUCAAAGAGGCAAAAGUAGAUGCAUUACAGCCAAGCCCAGAUUGGGGAAGAGCUCUUGUUUCAUACAGUGUCUCAAGGCACUGAUGCCACUGUCUUAACUUCUGAGACAGCUGAAUUUUUAAUCAUCUGUGGUUCUCUCCAGUGGCCAGUCCAAAUCUCCUUGGGAUAACUAGCAGUAGUGCAUAUCUGUGAGGAGGAACUCAAUACAGCACUUUGAGGUUUGUUCUGAAUUCCAGCUCAAGUGCAGCCACAUUGUUUUCUGUGUCUCAUUCUAGUUAACUUAUGCAGCUCUAUUGAAAGAUCUUCUGAUUGUGAAAAAGGCCAAUCCAGGAGUUUAGCACACUUUAAUCAGUGGAUUCCAUGGACAAUGUGGUUAUUAAUGCUAGCACACAAAUACCUGAGAUAAAAUGGCCGAGUAGCUUGUUUUCCAUGAUACUACUAAGAGUCAGUGGACUUCCUAUGUUCAGCAUAGCUUGCAAUCCCCCCUUUCCCACUUUGUCAUAUCAGGGACUGCAUGAACAGGAAUCUGUAUAGAUUUGCAAUACGAUCACUAUGGACUUUCCAGCCAAGCACCCUGGUGUGGGAGUGAAAUUGUUUUACAUUUACAUGAAGCUGGUAAAACAUGUUGGCUUGGCAUCAGUUCAGUGGUGAUCUGUUAUUUAUUUUUUAACUGAAAUAUGUUCAUAGCAAGAAUUGCCUUUGCUUCUUCAAUAGGCAGCACGUGCUUGUUUCUGGGAAAUGGCAUUUGAGUGCUUUUAGUGGUACUCUCCAUUAGUUCUGUUGUACACUUUUUCCUCUGCUAAGAAAUGACACCAAGAAAGGGUCUUUGUUAUGAAACAUAAUCAGAAACAUAUUUUUUCGAUCGAUAAAGAAUUUGUAUUUUUUAUUGGUAUGAAAAUUAAGUAGAACUUAGAUGCAGAACUCUUUCUUAAUUGCUCUUAGUAAUGAGAGAUUUACUGGAGGAGAAGUGCUUUCUGAAUACUUUCUUGACUGAUUUUCCAAGCGCAAUUGUACAGUAUUUUUAUAUUCAAAUUAGUAUUGUUUUAUCUUUGGUCAUCUGAAAUAGGUGAGCAGGGGGUGGGUAUAUUUUCCAUUUUAAUUUCUUGUUAAUAAUAGAUUGGAUAUUUUAUUGUAUGCUUAUCCUUUGAUAUAAAAAAUGAAAUAGGAUUUGGUAGGUUUUACACACGGUCCGUUGCAUCAUAGCGCAUGACCUACAUAUGAGGUUCCCAACUUUAAAGAUGUCGUCAUUCUGUUGAGAUUAAAAAUAAGAACAUGGCCAAUUGUGGGGCACCAUGUGUGCUGGGGGCACAGAAUACAUGGCCUGCACAUGCUCCUAAGAGGUGGGUUGGUCCUCUCUUCCACACUGUAAUAUAUUUUAAUCUCAUGCAGAACAGUUUCAUUAAAUGUUCUCUGUAUUUUCACCGUUUUGUAAGUCUUACACUUUAAAUGUUUACAUAUUUUCCAUAAAGAAAUAAAAGAGAAUGGUCCUAAAAAAAAGAAGUCUUUUCUUAGGGCUUACUUUAAAUGCAAUUAAGAGAUGAUGGCUUCCAUGUUCUGGAGCACAUGCAUAAGCAUGAAUUAGAAAGGGUCUGAGAGCCAUGCUUGCCUCUGUAGAACUUGCUUUCACCGCAUUACCUGCCACAGUCUGUGCGCAGUUAUGUCCUUGUGUUGGAUGCCUGGAUCAGUUGUAGAUACGCCGACACUCCUUUGAAGGGCAAGGGGGUGGAUGUGGUGCAUAGCCACUCCAAUGGACUUUAGUAAUGUCCUUGUGAACAUGCAUGAAUUUGCUGGGUCUGACAGCUCUUGGCCAGUGUCCCAGUAAAAUGUGCUUGUUCAUAGCUCUAAUAUGUAACCUCCUGGUGGGACAUGAGGAAGGGGUGGACUUUGCUACCCUAUGAUGCCACUCCUAGUGCAAGAUGUGCAGUGAGCUCAUUUCCAUCCCCUCUGUGAUAUUAACUCCAACAGCAAUAAUCUCACUGCUUUUGUUCCUGUAACUUGUGUAUACAAACCAUGUAAUAAAGAGAAGUUAUGUCGUUCUUCCAGAGGCAUCUAACCUGUCUCCACUGCCGUCAUUUACUGGCUAGCUGGGCAUAGUUUGCAUCAGUUACCUCUGUAGUAGUUUAAAAUUCUUGACACAAGACUAAGAAUUAUUAGUCUCACUACUGACCUGGAUGUGAGCCUGAUAAAACAUACUGUGUGCAUCAUUUCUACGUGUGAUUCAGUUUUCUUGCCACCAUCACCUACCUGAUGUCUAUCCUAAGAAUUCUUACCCAUUUUCAACAUUUAAUGGUACUGUGCUCAUGGUCACAAAAGUCACUUAACUAAGGGAAGGGCUUUCAAGAUUCAUAAACCUGUUUACAUUGCCUGUACAUUGGUUUUUCUACUUUGUACAUUCAUUGCUUGCACCCUGCUAUUUCAAAGAUGGGCAUUUUAAACCAACAUUUUCUGCUGUGUAAAGCAGGUGUAAUACACUGAUGGAAAUCACUACUGUAAGUGAGAUUUGUAAUACAGUUUAUGAUAAUCUGACAUCUCAUUUUCAUAUCUUUUGAGUUUCCUCUCAUCACUAGAGCAGCUACUUUUGGUGUAUAAUGAGGUAAUUCAUCCCAAUGGGUUCCAUGGGACUGCACUGAGUGGAAUUAUUUGUUACAAUUUUGAAAACUAUUAACUGUACAGUUGUCAUUAAAUUUGGAUUUGAUAUUUUUAUCACAAAUGAAAAGUCCCUAAACAACAGUGUACCUUAAAGCAAGUGAAAUCUGUUCAUAGAUACAGAGGCUUUCUAAAACUCCAGCGUUCAUA